CAACCAUCGAGAACGCUGGACGUUUCGUAAUUAUACUAUUGUAUUGUUUAAUUAGUAAUAAUAUCGUAUUGUGAAUUUAUAACGCAGGUACAAAUCAAGAGUUUAAUUGAAUUGGUGUGAGCGAGAGCAACGAUGUGGCGUUGUACGUGCGCACUCGCUCUGUUCUGCGCUACGCUCGUCGAUGCGGAGGCUUUUAAAAGAGCAGAUAUGUCAGCGUCACCCUUCGUCCUUAUUUCACGCUACGGCCGAUCGUCUCCGCGAAUGAUGACGUCGCGCAUAGACAAGUUCUUCUUAAGUAGAUAUGGAAAGCGAUCCGACCCUCUAACGAGAGCUUAUGACAUCACUGAAAAUAUUCAAAACGAGAGAGAAAGAGUCCAAGAUAGAGGUAGAGAAGGAGAUAGAGAUAUUUUACAAAAGUGGCGCCCAAGGUGUGACUGUGCAUCCUACAUCAAAAGAUUAGCUUUGAAGAAUUAUAACAAAAGAACACCAGAGACCAUUGAUCCAACUGUAUAUGAAGACUAAAAGGAAAUUCGACGUCAAUUUUACUUUAAGGUUAACGCUUAUUAUAUAAUUGCUUAUACUUAUUUUAACUAUUGUAUAAAAUAUGUUUUUAUAAACUGACAUUUAC